AUGGCGCAGGAAGUUUCGUCAAAUAAGAGUUUUGGAGGAGUCCAGAAGGUUUACUCACAUGAGAGUAAAGUCCUUGGAUGUUCCAUGAAAUUUGCAGUUUAUACUCCUCCAGGCGAUGGGCCAUUUCCUGUUCUUUGGUUUCUUUCUGGACUUACUUGUACUGAAGCCAAUUGUGUCCAGAAAGGAUCUUUCCAGCAAAGUGCGGCCGCCCAAGGAAUCGUUGUCAUUUGCCCAGACACCUCGCCACGUGGAAUCGACAUCGAAGGAGACAACGACUCCUGGGACUUUGGCACCGGUGCCGGCUUUUACGUCAACGCGACUGAGGAAAAGUGGAAGCCGUACAGAAUGUACGAGUACGUGACCGAGGAGCUUCCAUCUGUUUGCGCGGCACUUCUGGGCGACAAGGCCAAUAUGGCGAAGCAGUCAAUUACCGGGCACUCCAUGGGUGGUCAUGGAGCGCUCAUUUGCGCGAUGAAGAAUCCAUCAAAAUAUCAAUCAGUGAGCGCUUUCUCGCCCAUUUGUGCGCCGAUGAACUGUCCUUGGGGACAGAAAGCUUUCUCUGGCUACUUGGGCGAAGACAAGUCGACUUGGGAAGCUUAUGAUGCGAGCAAACUUGCAGAAAAGUACAGUGGACCAAAGUUGAAGGUACUCAUCGACCAGGGCUCCGUCGAUGAUUUUCUGAUCAAAGGACAGCUUUUGCCCGAGCAGUUUGUUGCCGCUGCUCUCAAAAACGACCAGUUGGAAGUCGAAUAUCGCCUUCAAGAGGGAUACGAUCACUCCUACUUUUUUAUUUCUUCUUUCAUGAAAGACCACAUUGAAUUCCAUGCAAAGUUCUUCUAA